CCACAUUGGGGGCCAUUCCCCCGGGGGAGGGCCAGCUCCACUGCGCCUGUCCUCCCCGGCCGGCAGGUCACCGCUGUCACCUUGCUGCCCCCAGCCGGUUCGUCAUCAGUUUACACAGCCAGCAGCACGGGGAAGUUGCAGAGCAGGAGCCGAGGGAUGGGGCCGUGGGGACAGUGAGGCCACUGCCGGGGAAGGAUGCCGCGGGGACCGGAGGUCGCCCGCCAGCCCCCCGCCCCCCGCCGGCCACAGCCAUGAGCUCCCCAGGGAAGGAGCACCCCGGCGCCAGCAGCUCGGAGCCGCUCACGGUCAUCGUCAUCGGCAACGGCCCCUCUGGCAUCUGCCUGUCCUACCUGCUGUCCGGCCACACGCCCUACGCUAGGCCCGGUGCCGCCCACCCGCACCCCCUGCUGCAGAGGAAGCUCGCCGAGGCCCCGGGGGUCUCCAUCCUGGACCAGGACCUGGACUACCUCUCCGAAGGCCUGGAAGGCCGGUGCCAAAGCCCCGUGGCCCUGCUCUUCGACGCCCUCCUGCGCCCCGACACGGACUUCGGGGGCAACCUGGACUCCGUCCUCACCUGGAAGCACCAGAAGGAGCGAGCCGUCCCCCACUUGGUCCUGGGCCGGAACCUUCCGGGGGGAGCCUGGCACUCCAUUGAAGGCUCCAUGGUGACCCUGAGCCAAGGCGAGUGGAUGGGGCUCCCGGACCUGCAGGUCAAGGACUGGAUGCAGAAGAAGCGAAGAGGUUUCCGCAACAGCCGGGCCACGGCCGGGGACAUCGCCCACUACUACCAGGACUACGUGACCAAGAAGGGUCUGGGCCACAACUUCGUGUCCGGCGCCGUGGUCACGGCCGUGGCGUGGGCGACGCAGGAGCCGGGCCCCCUGUUCCAGGUGAGCGGCUUCCUGGCCGCGCGGGACGGGAGCCAGCAGCCCUUCUCGCUGUGGGCGCGCAACGUGGUGCUGGCCACGGGCACGUUCGACAGCCCCGCCCGGCUGGGCGUGCCCGGGGAGGCCCUGCCCUUCGUCCACCAUGAGCUGUCGGCCCUGGAGGCGGCCACGCGGGCGGGCGCGGUGACCCCGGCCUCCGACCCCGUGCUCAUCAUCGGCGCGGGGCUGUCCGCGGCGGACGCGGUGCUGUACGCCCGCCACUACAACCUGCCCGUCAUCCACGCCUUCCGCCGGCCUGUGGACGACCCGGGCCUGGUGUUCAACCAGCUGCCCAAGAUGCUGUACCCCGAGUACCACAAGGUGCACCAGAUGAUGCGGGAGCGCUCCAUCCUGUCGCCCAGCCCCUACGAGGGCUACCGCAGCCUGCCCGGGCACCGGCUGCUGCUCUUCAAGGACGACCGCCAGGCCGUGUUCCGGGACCCCGAGGGCGGCGAGAAGGUCUUCUGCGUCUCCCUGGUGCUGGUCCUCAUCGGCUCGCACCCCGACCUCUCCUUCCUCCCCGGGGCCGGCGCCGACCUGGCCGUGGACCCCGGCCAGCCCCUGAGCGCCAAGAGGAACCCCGUGGACGUGGACCCCUUCACCUACGAGAGCACCCGCCGGGCCGGCCUGUACGCCGUGGGGCCGCUGGCCGGGGACAACUUCGUGAGGUUCGUGCAGGGCGGCGCCCUGGCCGUGGCCAGCUCCCUGCGGAGGAAGGAGACCAGGAAGCCGCCCUAGCGCCCGCCUGGCGCGCUGACACCCAGGCCCUGAAGAGGAGGGAGAUGACCGGGGCCCUGCCGGACGCAGGGGCCGUCCAGGGUGCCCCGGCGGCGAAGGGGGCGGCCUCUCCUGGCAGGAGACGGGAGGGGCUGCGGGCCACGCACGGAGGAGCGGGGAGCCCGGGAUGCCGGGACUCAGACCAUUGGCCCAGGCAGGACGGUGACCACAGGCCAGGCCAGGCCUCGACCUGGGAUUUCGGGGCAAGCUGCCAGUGUGAGCGGCAGGAGGACUCCAGGCACGCUCCUUCCAGAAGCAGUUUCCAAAUAAAACCAGUGCCUGCCUCCA